GUUAACCAUUCACAAAAACGUACUUCAUAACAAAAACAGCUGAUUCGUAAUCAAAUAUUUUUAGGCCGGCAUCGAAUAUUUUGGACGUUUUUAUUACGACUAAAAAAAAUGUCUCGUUUAAUUUUGCGGUCAAUUCAGAGAAAUGGUGCCAUUUUCCGAAAUAAAAAUCGUUUUUUUAAUGUUUGUACGCAAGCAUCGCAAAAUAUUACCACAUCUCAAAGUCAUGGAAUAAUUUCAACAAAGAAACCACUAUUAAAUACACCAGCUUCUAAUCCACUCUGUAUAUAUAAAGGUCGGCGCAACAUGUUUAUACAAACACAAGACACACCUAAUCCAGACAGUCUCAAAUUUCUGCCUGGCGUAGAAGUACUUGGCAAGGGUAAUACAUAUGACUUUCCAAGCGUGUCUGCAGCUUAUUGCAGUCCUUUAGCAAAACUUCUCUUUCGUAUCGAGGGUGUACGUGCGGUGUUCUUCGGCGCUGAUUUCAUAACAAUAUCAAAAGAUGAGGAAACGAAUUGGGCCGUUAUAAAACCCGAAGUGUUUGCUGUAGUAAUGGAUUUUUUCGCAAGUGGUUUACCCAUUCUGAACGAAGCGAAACCUAAUUCAGACACGCAAAUUGAUGAUGAUGAUGAUGACGUUGUGAUGAUGAUUAAAGAACUACUUGACAGUCGUAUACGGCCAACUGUACAAGAGGAUGGAGGUGACAUUAUAUAUAUGGGUUACGAAGACGGUGUAGUUAAGUUGAAAAUGCAAGGAUCUUGCUCAUCUUGUCCAAGUUCCAUUGUUACACUGAAAAAUGGCGUACAAAAUAUGUUGCAAUUCUACAUACCCGAAGUUGUAUCAGUGGAACAAGUAUUCGAUGAAGUAGAUAAAUUCGCAGAAAAAGAAUUUAAAAACUUCGAAAGCAAGAUCAAUUUAAAAGAAUCAGAACCCGUUAGUGAAACUAAGGUUUAAAUUUAUGUACCAAAUUAAGUUUGUUGUUAAAAUACAUAAAAUAUACAUACAUUGAAAUGUUUAGAAUAUAUGUAUGUAAGAUGUUGACGAUGAUUAAAUAAAAAAAUUUACGAAGCUUAAAAGCUAAUUACA